AUGGUUAAGGUAAACAGCAAAUCUACGGUCUACGAUUCUACCUCGGGGAACACUGGAGCCAGUGAAGCAUACAUGUGCACAUUGGUUGGAUUACCGUUCAUUGCAGUAGUAAGUGCCUUUAUUUUUGAUUUUGUUGUUGAAGUAUCUCUGCGAAACUUCCACGCUAAAGAUCAAGCUGAUAAAAAUAACGGUUUCUUCCUCAAUCAGUUUGGAAACGCUGAAUAUGCUGAGGAAUUCCACGAGAGUGAGUCAACUACCCAACGUGGAAAUUAUAGCCACGAAAGCUCCAACGUUUUCCACGAGAUUCUCGUCCAACUGCAAGAGGAUGAGAAGCAGGAGAAGAAAAUCCCCGAUUUGUUUGUACACAGUGCAGGGACGGGUGGAACAAUCUCGUCUGUGGGACGAUAUGUGAAAAGAUACAAUCUCCCUACAAGAAUCGUUCUCUCCGAUUCCGAGUACUCGCUCUUCCACGAUUACGUGAUUCAC